ACUUUCAAACUGCAGUAUCACUGAAGAAAGUUACAAAAUCUUGACUUCAGCUCUGGAACCAAACCCUUCACACCUGAUCGAGCUGGAUCUCACAGGAAACGAUCCUGGACGAUCAGGACUACAAUGGUUCUUUAGUCUAUUUGGGGGUGGAACGAGUAAAUUAAAGACUAUCAGCUUUUUGAGAAGUCCUGCUGCAGAGGAAGCGUAUAAGUAUCUCACUGAUGUUCUGGGUACAAAUCCAUUACUACUGCAAGAACUGGAUCUGAGCAGAAUUAAACGAGGAGACCAGGAUUGGGAGAAUAUUUCUGCUCUUUUGGUGGACUCUUAUUGCAUAGUGGAGAAAAUAAAGCUGAAUAGUUAUGAGAUGACAAGUAAAAGCUGUUCAGUUCUAGCUACUGUUCUCUGCUCCAAAACCACCCUGAAAGAGAUGAACCUGAACAACAGCUCUCUGCAGGAUUCAGGAGUCAAAGAGAUCUGUAAGGGACUGACGAAAUCUAAGCUUGAAACCCUGAAACUUUCAAACUGCAGUAUCACUGAAGAAG